CAGGAGGAAAAUAACUCCCAAUGGUCUGCUAAGCCGACGCGGCCUUGGAAUUCCAAAUUGAACACAGUUUGUUUCAGGUUUUUCAACAGCGGCAAAACCAAGCCGUCCACGGGGAGGAAAGCCAGAGGGGGCCAAUUAGGAAGGAAGAAAUUAAAGAGAAGAAUAAAGGAAAGAAGGAGGCGCGGAUGAAAGGUGCCGUGGAGAGUGAGCGACAAGGCAGGAGUCCGGCAGGCGGCCUUGCGGGGGACUGACAGGGACGGCGGCUCCCGGCUGGCGGCGGCGCGCCCCCGGGCUGUGAAUGCGACUCGCCCCUCGGCCGCGCUCCCCGCCCGCCCGCCCGCCGGGACGUGGUAGGGGAUGCCCAGCUCCACUGCGAUGGCAGUUGGCGCGCUGUCCAGUUCCCUCCUGGUCACCUGCUGCCUGAUGGUGGCUCUGUGCAGUCCGAGCAUCCCGCUGGAGAAGCUGGCUCAGGCGCCGGAGCAGCCGGGCCAGGAGAAGCGCGAGCACGCGUCUCGGGACGGCCCGGGGCGGGUGAGCGAGCUCGGGCGCCCCGCGAGGGACGAGGGCGGCAGCGGCCGGGACUGGAAGAGCAAGGGCGGCCGCGGGCUCUCCGGCCGGGAGGCGUGGAGCAAGCAGAAGCAGGCCUGGGCCGCCCAGGGCGGGGGCGCAAAGGCCGGGGACCUGCAGGGCCGGCCCCGCGGGGACACCCCGCAGGGGGAGCCCCCGGCCGCCGCCGCCCAGGACGCGACCGGCCCGGACCUCGCGCCCACGCCGGAGCCGCCCGAGGAGUACGCGUACCCGGACUACCGCGGCAAGGGCUGCGUGGACGAGAGCGGCUUCGUGUAUGCCAUCGGGGAGAAGUUCGCGCCGGGCCCCUCGGCCUGCCCUUGCCUGUGCACCGAGGAGGGGCCGCUGUGCGCGCAGCCCGAGUGCCCGCGGCUGCACCCGCGCUGCAUCCACGUCGACACGAGCCAGUGCUGCCCGCAGUGCAAGGAGAGGAAGAACUACUGCGAGUUCCGGGGCAAGACCUACCAGACUCUGGAGGAGUUCGUGGUGUCUCCGUGUGAACGGUGCCGCUGCGAAGCCAAUGGGGAGGUGCUGUGCACCGUGUCCGCGUGUCCUCAGACGGAGUGUGUGGACCCCGUGUACGAGCCUGACCAGUGCUGCCCCAUCUGCAAAAACGGCCCAAACUGCUUUGCGGAGACGGCGGUCAUCCCAGCUGGGAGAGAAGUCAAGACGGACGAGUGCACCAUCUGUCACUGCACUUACGAGGAGGGCACGUGGAGGAUUGAGAGGCAGGCCAUGUGCACGAGGCACGAGUGCCGGCAGAUGUAGACCCGGGACCGCAAACAAAAACAUAAACAAAAAAAAGUUUUUCUAGAACAUUUUACUGAUGGGAACAUUCUAGAUGAUGACUCUGGGGAAUAGCAUUCAACAGGAGAAGACUUUUUGAUGAGGACGAUGGAACAUGGUUGGUACUUUUGCGUUUCUUGCUAACAGUUACUGCAAAAGAAGGAAAUGGGUGUGUUUCCAAACGUCCACAAGAACUUUGGGCAUAAACCCUCUCUCUAAAUAAAUGUGCUAUUUUCACAGUAAGUACACUGAAGUACACUAUUCUAUAUUAAAUGUAUUUCUAUAAUCCCUCUAUUAGAGAGCUUAUAUAAAUGUUUUCUAUAGAUACAGAUUAAAAAUGCCGUGUUGUCAACCGUGCUCACUGUGUACCUGCAUAUCGUCUUCAGUUCCCGAUUCUCUCAUGCGAGCUUAUAAGUGGUGGCUGGCUUCUGCUUCACUCCUUGGAACAGUGCGCCCGUCGAUGGACCAUAAGACAACGAAAUACUGAAAUCCUGCCCCCCACCCCGUUCUGUCUCGUUACAGAGACAGACCCCGUGUCUGUCCUGACAAGAUCCGGUCUCCUUUGCACAAACAUGCUUCCUACUCGUGAUGACUCCCUGCUUUGCUCACCUCCAUUCUCAGUCAUUUGGGAGAGGAAGGUACAAAGUUAACCGACACGCACUUUUUCUGUGUAUUCAAGGCUCCCGUGUUGGGGACCAGAGAUGAACACAAGCAUAGGGCUCAUUCUCAUGCACAUUACUUUCUCUUGCGGGCAUGCCUUCAAUCAUCUCGUAAGCCAAGCAAUGGGGCAGGAUGGACAGUUUGCCUUACCAUCCUACCAGGCUGAAGCGCACAGUGAAAUAGGGGGGUUUCUUGAGUCUGGAGCAGAGUAGAGGAAAACCCAAGCCCCAGGCAGUCUCCACCUGGAAUCCAGAUGCAGUGCAGGGAUUCCCACCUGUCCUCUCAGUGGAUGUGUGUUUCUUACCAGAACGAUCAGCUCCCCUCUGUAAGGGGCAGUGUAGACUGUGAAAGAUGGCCCUGUAUUAGGCGUCCUUCCUGAGCAGAGAGAGGCGCAUCCCAGCCAGUUUGUGAACACAGCGUGCCACAUGUGUUCAGCUACUUUUGUGUGGUUACCUGUAAUCCCAAACGAAUUUUGCCUCUCCUCAUUUGGACAGGGGAGCAGGAGAAGCCACUGCAGAUCCCGAUCCGUGAGCAAUGCAUAUAUCAGAAUAUCUCUGCCUUUAGCAAUCACACUGACCCCCGGCACACUGCUGGGGAAGGUGACCAGUCUUAAUAGGUAUACAGUGAGAAAUAAUGAUUGUCAUUAUCUGAAUCUUUGAACGUUUUUUUUUUCUUCCAUAUUUUUAUUUAUUCCAAAAUUUUGAAUUAAGCAGCGAUUAGGUACAAAUCAUCUGAUGACAAAAAAGAGAAUAAAGCAUGGUUUCUUGUCUUCAUGGGCUUUUGGCCCUAGACUUAACAUGAGUAAGAAAUUAUAGUGCAUUGUGGCAGGAGGUCAAGUCAAGGAAACUUUCAACUUUCCUUUUCAACUUUCAAAGGAAAGUUGGAAAACUUCCCUGAAAAGAGCAGAGAAUACCAAAAUAUCACGCAGUAUCUAAGAAACCCCUUCAAUCAUUAAAGGUUGACUAAUGAAGAAAAAUGGAUAUAUUUGUCAUUAUUGAAAACAUGAACCACUAUGUACCUUAAUAAAUGUACAGCCAGCACUAACCGAAGCCUCAAGAACUUUACAUAUGCUUACGCUUAAUUUGAAUCUUGUUUAUCACGAACCGCCGUGGGCCAAAUGGGCUCCACACACAUAGAUUUUCAAGAAAACACUCAGGGGAAUUACUAGCUCGUUGCUUUCCAAAACUUAAACUUCCGUACUAAACUAAAGGCUACUAGACAUUGGCCAUCAUCACUCUAUUAUCCAAAGGUAGAUUUUCUUUGGAGACGAGGUUAUAUAAAUUACGAUUUUGCCAACAGUGGGCUCCAAUCCCCACUGGGAGGUGGGUCAUUGACUAUUGCUAACAGUACACAAAGCAGCCUCUUCUCUCCCCAGGAGACAUGCUACAGUUAGACUCAGUCAGAGGCCCAGGGUCUCCCUGCCUCCCGUGAUGAUGUAAGUCCCCACCUGCAUGGGUGGUGAGCUCUGCAGUAAGUACGGGGGGACCUGUGAGAAUUUCGGGAAACCUGGGACUUUGUCGUAUAAAGUGAACAGGAAAGCACCUUGGGAAACAGACUUGCUCAUGCUCUAAAAGUGUGACCCGCCCUUGUCCCAGGUGCAGUGUGGAGAUCUGGAACACAGCAGCUGUUCUUACACUGAAGUAAGUCCCUGUCUCUCUCUGGGACGAACACCUCAUUCCUCUUUCCACGUAAGAACGCUACGUAAACCACACAUGUGGCCCAAUCUGGGUUAAUGACACUGCGUAUCCUUAAUGUAGAAUGAUGCUAUUUGCAUUUUUGUCUAAGAGAGACUUAUUUUUCUUAGGUUAGUUCUUGCCAUGAGUGUGGGGUUCCCUGUCUAGAAGGUGGUAGCACAUUGAAAUUUUAUUUUCUUUUUUUCCCAUAGAAUCUUUUGCAAAAGUUUUUAACAGUGACAUUGUUCUAUUCAUUCAACAUUAAUAACUGCAUUAUAAAAAGAGGAAAAUACACGUCCAAGUUAUCCGAUUCCAAAAUAUUCUGGUUUGGACACGGUCCUGAAAAGGAACCUCAAAGUUCACAUGCAGACGUGUUGGAGAGCCAUAAUUCUUAGUAUUCCCAUAGGUCUGCUCCUUGGGUCCCUUUAAUUGUUGUUAAGUGACUUCUUUGGGUUGAAAAGGGAAAUAGCGCUUUCAGACGUAACACACACAUGUACUUCAAGUUAUUCAACCUGCAUAUCUCCCAUGCGAAGCGACAUGUACUCUGGAAAUGAUCGAACCUGGCGUUCCAGACAUCCAAGCGAGAUGUGCUCUUUCAGUCACAGGAUCUUUCCUGUGUCGUUGCGUGGGUCUGUCAGCCCUUGUACAUUUCACGGAAGUCUGGGGUAAUUUCAAAGCUCUGCAUUUUAUUCCUUCUUGCAGCACAUGUGAGACGCGUCCCCACCCUGCACCAGGGCUGGUGCAGAAGUGUAAUCUCCUUGUGUCUCCUUGACACAAGGAGAUUACAUACAUGCCUUGAAGCUGACAUUUCAGCAUUUUUCUUUGGGCUUUUUGACACUUUCAAUUUCUUCUUCUUCUUUGCACAAUGAAACAGGUUUAAGAGAUAGAUUCUUACCCAUUUUAAAAAUCUGUAGCAACAUGCAUAUGUUUAAGAAACUCUCCUCUCUGUUCCCCCAACACAAAUGUUGUAUGUAUACAAUGUUUAAAAAAUCUGGUUUCAAAGAAUUCAGGUGUUUUCUUUCUUUCUUUCUUUCUUUUUUUUUUUUUUUUUUGCUUUGCUUUUAAGCAGUGAAAGGUGUUUAAUGUAUCCAUUAUUUGAAAUGCUCCCAGUAUACACUAACUUAACCGAACACUGAAAAUUAUAUCCAUUAUUUUAAAAUAUAAACAUCCAGAAAACAGAAUUAUAGACACAAGCCAAAUUUAACAAAUAUCAGCAGUUUGCUAUAUUUGCUUUAAUAGGCAAGAGAUCGAGUCUGCUCUUAAUAACUUUCAAAAAAUCAGAUGCUUUUCUGCAAUGCCAUGUAAAAAGGAAAGGUGAGGGGCGCCUGGCUGGCUCAGUCGGUAGAGCGUGUGACUCUUGAUCUCGGGGUCAUGAGUUCGACCCCACGUUGGGAGUAGAGUUUACUUAAAAAACAAUUAAGGGGAAGUGAUUAGGUGCCACCUUAUCCACACAAGGCAGGUCAGGCACCUGUGGUUCCAGCGUCUGCUCCGUUAGCCGGUAUAAUUGGCACAUACUGUCGUUACUAGACUUACCUGCACAGCCCUCUGUUCCCACUAGCAGCCCCUGUGGAUGGCUGGUGCCCUCACUUUUCCUGAGUAUUCAGAUGCAGAGAGAGCAAUCACUCCUUCAGGAAUACACGAAGGUUUCUAGCUCAUAUGUUCUGUGUGCUAGAGGCUACUUCUCCCUGUUCCCCGUAGGGCUGGCUCAUCCUUGCCAUUCUUGCCAGCCUCCCCAGUCUAACCAGUUUAGUUCCCUGAACACAGAUGGUGUCUUUGACUGAACAAAUACAGGGCAAACUCCUCAGAGUAUGGGCUGGCAUCUUCACGGCUAGGUCACAGCCCACACCCUGCCUGAGUCUCUGCUGGCUGUGAGAGCCUCAGGCUUUGGGUGCCGCCAACCACUCUCUGAACGUGGCCUCUGUUUCCCAACUCCCUGGCUUUUCAGCAGGGAGUAGACGGUCACCAUUUUUCAAUAUCCAACUAUCGUGCUGUUGCUUCUGAGAAAGCUUCUUUCAUCCUAAUGUGGACAGUUGCUCUGGGCACCUACCAUACUGUCUGUCUGGUAUUUUAUGCUAGCAUGAUUUAGAGAUCAUAACAUACUUUGCAAAAUAGUUCCUUUUGUCUGUUUGCUCUAUUAUUCAUGCUAAAAUCUCUUUCUUCCAGGCUACAGAACAUUCGGUCCCUAGACUCUCAUCCAAUACUUUUAUGCUAAAGGCUUGCUGAAUUGUGUUCGAUAUAUUAACACAGAGUUCUUUGCUGUCCAUGUUUAAGGCCAAUGACUGUCUUGAAGAGCAAGUCAAAGUUUCCAUGACUGUUUGCCCGACCUGUUGUCUCCUGCUUUCUCAGCUGACGUGCAAACCUCAGUGUCCAGGGUAUAGCAAACUGAGACAUAGCAAAUCCCCACCGUUGCAGAGUUUAUAGCGAAUGGCCCUUAGGCGCUGGCCAUUUCUGAUGCAAGCCAAAUUAAAAUUUCUGAGGCUGAAAAUAAUUUCUUAUAUUGAGGAGACACUGGUUCUUAGUAAUGAUAAAACAAAUCAAGUUUACAGCUUUGGUCUUUACAGUAUUUAUUUACUUACUUCUGACUUUCAGAAUAUAAAUUUCUUGUCUUAGACUUUCACAGUGCAGUAUGCAUGCGUGCUGUCAUCUUUGUACGUAAUUACUCAAUAGGUCUCUGAUAACGUAAUCAAUCAAUGAACUCAGUCAUGUCUGCAGAAACACCCACUUCCACAGGCUGUUGGGAAAGUGUUAGGAGGUGGUGGUUGCCUACAUUUCAUCGCGUGUCAAAGUUCAGAGUUUUGCAGAGGACCCGGGUUUGGGGGGUUUUUUAUUUGUUUUUGCAUGUGUUUUAACUUUAACAUGAAAAUGUAGAAAUAAAGUCCAAAC